UAUUCUACUAAUGCGGAUACGUCAGCUACCUUAACAGCAAUUCAAAAUUUUCAACUUUAAAUUGCAUGUAGGAAUCUUGAUUUGGGAAAAUCCAUUAUGAAAAACUGUAUUUAAGGAGACAUUCUGACUAAGCAGUAAAAGGUGUAUUGGACUCUCAUAGUUCUGACAGAUGAUGGUUCUUUUUCACAUUAUACUUUUCUUUACGGUAGUAAAGAUAGACAAAACUUCGGGAACUUACUGCACUUAUUCUCAAACACGAUAUGUGCGGACAUACAAGCACUGUGGAUUAUGGGGCUGGGGUAGAUGUACCACAUACAGACCCCACCAACAUUAUUACCAGGAUUGUUGCAGCGGCUGGACGGGUUACCAAUGUUCGACACCAAUAUGCAGCAACCCAUGUGUGAAUGGCGGAUCUUGCAUUGGUCCUGACCAUUGCAAAUGCCCGUUAGCCUUUGCAGGACGACAAUGUACUACAAAGUUAUGCUCACACGUUGCCCCAUGUUACCCUGGAACAUGUAGCUACCCACAUCAAUGCAACUGUUUUAAUGGUUUUAGUGAUUCAGAUAGGUGCCUUUCAUUUUCAAGUGCAAACAAUCCUCCCGUUAUAACCGAAUGUGAGAUCACAUUUGCAAAACUACGAAGAAUAGAUCAGAGACAACAGUUCAAUUACAGCAUGCCUUGUUCAGAUGGUAAAGGAACGGAUACAGUUUGGUGUAAUCAGCAAUUGUUUAACUAUGCAAAGUUUUCCAUGAAAUCUAAAUACCCACCGAUACCUAACCUGCCACCAGCGCCGUCGUAUAUUUCUUCUUACGGCUUUGGGAUAGUUUAUAAUGGAAUUCAUGUCCAGCAUACUAAAUUUCCUAGGCCUGACGAUAAAAACCGACGACAUGUUGCUUUCAAUAUGACCUACACUUGCAACGAAAUAUCCGACAGGUCACCAGCGACAAGUAUUGUCCCAUGUAACAAAAUUGAAGAAAAUUACACGAUUAAUUUUGAACAUGACGACCUCUUUACCGUGACAUAUUCUACUAAGAGCGGAGGCUACCGGGAGUUAUAUAACAGGGAUACAGGUAGGGAUUACUCAAGGCAGAUAUACAACGGUCAAACCACCAGCAAAACUAUUGAGUUCAAGUUUGAUUUCAUAGCACCGACUCAUUGUUCUGAGCCUCAUUCCCGAAUUAAAUGUAAUAACGGAGAAAAACCGAUCGAUGUUGGAGAUGACAUAACAGAGAAUCCGAUUCAACUUCGUUGGGGUGGCUGGUCGGACACAUUGUCCGGAAUUGCUUACUACUACCUUGAGAUCUUCAAGCUGGAACCAAAUAUCAAUGGCUACCUUACAGAAUUUGAGCCAUUAAAACCUAUAUAUUCAUUUAAGACGAAUAAAACAUCCUCUAUAAAUAUUCCGACAUAUUACCCUCCACAAACUGGAAUGUAUUCAAUUCUACUGCAAGCAUCGGACAAGGCGAAUAAUUCAAAGAUUGCUCGGCGGUUGGUUCUAUAUGACAAUGAUUCAAUGAUAACACUGACAAAACCCGGCUUUAUUUCGGAUAAGCCUAUGAAUGUGUCAGAAAUGUCAUUAGGUGAUGGUGGUAUGCACAUUACAAGUGCAAUACCGGAAACUGGUUACAUGUGGCAGACCUCUAAAAAUGGAACGAAAACCCGCAUCGUAUUGAACUGGGAAAAUCACUUCGUCAACAAGAUAUAUGAGGAUGAAAAGUUGUUAAAUAAGGUUUUGAAUUACCCCACACAAUUUGCAGAUCUGCAAGAUGAUGGUAUUCUUAGAAGUAAAAAGUACGUUAACUUUAUGGAUAAUGAAGGAGCAAGAACUCUCAAUGCUAUUCCAAACAGACAUGGUAUUGUCAAAUUUGAAAUCAAUCGAGUCCUCGGAGACGAUAGGGAGGUCCCAAAGACAGGAUGGAUACCUCAUGACUUGACAGAAAAGUAUGAAUUAACAGAAACACUAGACGAUGGAAGUCAUAUUCGAUUUUGGGUACGAGCUACUGACAUAAUGAAUCAUACUUUAGCAGAUUACACAGAAGUGCACAUUGACAACACACCACCUAGGGUAGCUUACGAAAACCUAAAAGAAAAUAUUGCAAAUAGAACAUACACGCACACAUCAAGGAUAACUUUUAAGGCGUCAGAUGGCGACAGUGGUGUACAUCGCAUAGACUACGCGUUAUUUGUCGAAAACCGUACAGAUGAACAAGGAAGCGGAAAAAUUUCAGCAAAUUAUAGAAAAAAUGCAUCUGUAGCUUGCAACUCUGACCCCUAUUGUCACUGUGUAAUGGAAACCUGUUUUCUGGUACCUCAGACGCUGGAUAUUGAUAAUUGCUGGUUUCUCGUGCCAAAGGAAGAUUUGAAUAAAUCUGCAAGAAUCGACGUCAAAGUCUAUAACCAGGCCCUCCUUUAUCAGGAAUUCUCAGUAAAUAUAAACCGAUUGACAGAUUUAAAUGGUUUGGAGGAAUAUUCUGGUCCGACAAAUAUUCGUGUGGAAAAGAAUCUUGCUUCAGGCGUACGGCUUGUUUGGGAUUCGCCUAAAACUGCAUCUUGCUACGGAAGAGCUGAUAUUGAUGUCAUCUUGAUGAAUUCGGAUGGAAGCGUUAGAGUUGUAAAUGUUUAUAACGAAGGAACCUCAAUUGAUCUGGUUGGACUUGAACCGGAUAAAGAGUACAGUAUUUCAUUGAAACUCGGAUAUAAGGGCACAGAAUUGGCUGCGCUACUUUAUACAUUUAAAAACGCUCCAAAGGAAAACUAUAUCUCAGGUGUUGUCAUUGCAGGAAUUAUUGCCAGUGUGUUGGUGAUAAUCGGUAUACUCAUCGCAAUAUUUGUAAUACUGUUAAAGAGAGGUCAUAUGAAGCCUGUUCAAAGAGGAUUGGCAGCGAUGUCCGUAAAAUAUCGCAAAUCUAUGGCUGUAGUAAGGGCGAUGGCAACACAUAAUGACUAUGUAACAGGGAACAGUAAUGCAGACUCAUUGUAUAUGUAUGGGGAGAUGGAUUUCAAAGACAUUCAAAACUGGCAAAUGGGACGAGAUGACGUCAUCUUCGAGAGUUUACUGACAUCUGGCAAUUUUGCCGAUAUUUAUCUUGUCAAAUUAAGAUCAUCAAACAGGACAGUGGUGGCGAAAACUCUAAAACAGAAUCACUCCGAACAAGAUAGAUUUCUAAUGAAGGCAAAGAUCAACUUUAAUUCCAUUGAGGUUGGACAGAAUGAAAAUGUUCUUCGCUUUAUUGGUGCAGUCGUCUCUGAAACCGAGAUUGGGCCAUUUAUAAUCUACGAAUAUUGUGCGAAUGGACAAAUGCAUGACUACCUGGAGACUAUGAAGAAUAAUCUUCCUGUUGAGACACUAGAGCAGCAACUCAGAUUUGGACUUGGGGUGGCAAGUGGGAUGGAUUAUCUUGCACAAAGGAAAAUCGUACACCGCCGCUUAAGUGCCCGUAACGUUCUGCUUGAUUCUGAUCUUACAACAAAGAUUACUGGAUUCGGUCCUCAACCCGACGAAAAUAAGGGUGACGAUGGAAACGCAAAGAAAAUGGUGAGAGUUUCUUUGAAGUGGAUGGCACCUGAGUGUCUAAAGUCUACAGCUGGUGCCACAGAAAAAAGUGACGUAUGGUCAUUUGGUGUUGUGCUAUGGGAAAUAUUCUCUUUCGGUGAAAGUCCAUAUGGCACUAUAAGAGGUCGGGAACUCCAAGCAAAGCUAAAAGAUGGCUAUAGAUUACCAAAGCCAGAACAAUGUGAUGACAAAUGGUAUUGUGUUAUGAAGCAGGCUUGGUCGGAAGAUCCGAAGAAUAGACCUAGCUUCGAAGAGAUAAGGAGUACACUAGAUAUUCGUGACAGCACCCACUGACAAUUGCUAUUACAGUAACUACAGAAAGUAGAUACAACCGGUCUAUGCUAUAUGCUUAACGUAGUGAUUUACAACAAUAGAGUAAAAGAAUGAAAGAAAAACUUAUUUUCUUCGGCUGUUUCUUUUAUAAACUUUUACUGUUUUGUGAAAUAAGCAUGACUAGGAUUCUUUUAGUAUGUUUUUCUUUAGCGGAAUCAUUUGAUUUGAAUGAUAUUGAAAGUAACAAUGUUUCAGAAUUGUAAUAAAUCAUGCUGAACAUAUUUUAUACAA